AUGGACACAUUGGUGACCCAUGACGCUCACUUUCUCUGCUACAACUUCACCAUCAUCCAUCUGCUCAGACCUGGACAACAGUGGUGCGAGGUCCAAGGCCAGGUGGAUCAGAAGAAUUUCCUCUCCUAUGACUGUGGCACUGACAAGGUCUUAUCUGUGGGUCGCCUAGAAGAGCAGCUGAAUGCCACAGAUGGCUGGGGAAGACAACUGGAAAUGUUGAGAGAGGUGGGGCAGAGGCUCAGACUGGAACUGCCUGGCAUUGAGCUGGAGGAUUUCACCCCCAGUGGACCCAUCAGGCUGCAGGCCAGGAUGUCUUGUGAGUGUGAAGCCGAUGGACACAUCCAUGGAUCCUGGCAGUUCGGAUUUCAUGGACAGAGGUUCCUCCUCUUUGACUCAAACAACAGAAAGUGGACAGUGGUUCAUGCUGGAGCCAGGCGGAUGAAACAGAAGUGGGAGGAGGACAGGGAACUGACCGCGUUCUUCCGGAAGGUCUCCACAGGAGACUGCAGGAGCUGGCUUCGGGACUUCCUGAUGUGCAGGGAGAAGAGGCUGGAGCCCACAGCACCGCCCACCGUGUCCUCAGGCACAGACCAACUCAGGGCCCCGGCCACCACCCUCAUGCUUUGCUGCCUCUGCCUCAUCCUCCCCUGCUUCCUCCUACCUGGCAUUUGA